UUACCUCUUAAGUGUCAUUGUUUACAUUAUGUGACAUACUCUGACGGGUGCGUAUGCCCGCACAGACAGGCGUUGUCAUGUGCCGCGUUCAAGACAACUCGGAAAUUUCCGACUUGCACACUCGUUGAAGAAACAUGGUGCCGGAGCUUCAACACUUGGAAAAUAUCAAAAUAGACCAAUAACGUACAUACAUUUUUAACUUCGGAGAUACCGAGUUUCCGAGUUGUCUUGAAAGCACCAUAUUAGCAGCAUCUGUCAGUGCGAGCCUGUCUCCACACACACACACACACACAGCGCUGAGAGAGAUGCAGAUAAUCGUGAACCGGAGUAUCCAAGUUCAGACGCUUAUUACGUUUAGCGUUUCCCUUAACCAGCCAGUAUGCGAUGAGGCGCGUUCUCUCUGCCCGCUACAGCUGAAAACCAACGAGUAAUAACACUUCUAAAUAGUCUGGAAUUGUUUUCGCUGCAGUCAUGGCAGGCCUGCGUCGCCCGCUUUUAUUCGGCUCCACACUGUUGUUCCUACUGUCAUGUGAUGCCCUGCUGAGUGAUGGGCCACCCACCCUGCUGUCCACCUCCCAGCCCUCCCAGCCCUCUCCCCUGUCCCUCAUGGACCUGGACCAAGAUGUGGAGGAGCAGCCUGAGAUGAUGACAGUUCCAGGCAGCCCCACCACAGUACCAGGCCUAACCCCCCAGGGACAGGAGUCCUCAGGGUUAUUCAAUGACGACAACAAGCCUCUCCAGUCCUCUGUUCAUCUCUGGGAUGAUGUCAGAGACCAAGUCAACACCACUGGUCUAGACAGCAAGUCCCUCAGAGGUUACAGUCAGACCCUCUCCCAGACCUCCACCUCUCCUAUGGAGGAACCCAGAAAGGGAAAUCACACCGUUCUGGAUGCGGUGGAGAAGCAGGAGCGGGAGCUAUGGGAGAUGGAGAGAGAGUCCAGCGACGUCCCACUGGAGGCUGGCUACGGCCAGAGGCAGGACCUGCCUACCACCACCUCCAACACCUCCAACACCAACACCUCCAACACCACCACCACCACCACCACCACCACCACCCCCACCCCCAACAACCCCACCCCCACCCCCACCACCCCCACCACCAACACCCCUGCUGCUGACCCUCUGGUUCCUGUAGAGUCAACCACCUUAGAUCCCCAAUACGUCCCAGUGUACGGGGGUUCACAAUCAACUCCUGAAGACACAGUGGAGGUAGAGAUAGCAGAUGAGGAGGAGGAGGAGGAGGAGGAGGAGGAGGAGAGGGAGAGUUCCACCUCUGAGCCUGAUGCCUCCACCUCCAGACCAACCCUCCCAGAGGUGGGUGUCUUCCCCAGUCUUGCGCCUCUCCAGUCGGACAACACCCAUACAGAAGACCAGGAGGAGGAGGUGGUGGAGGAGGAAGAGGAGGCAGUGGUCCUUGGAGGACCUAGGAGUGACUCGGGAAGAGCAGGGAGAGGAGGGGAGAUCUCUCCCCUGACCACAGUCCCCUUGGCGUCUCUGGCGCCCACGGUCGACUUCACAGAGGAUUCAUGGGACCGUCCGGAGGACGAGGAGAUCCAGGAGAAGGAGCAGAGGCAGCAGCAGGAGAGGAGGAAGGAGGAGGAAAGGAGGAAUGAAGAGGAGGAGCAGGCGGUCAGGCAUGGAGGAACAGAGCUGUUAACAGAGACAGAGCUCCUCCAUGGUGCACACUACUCACAGGGGAUACAGCAGGUGAUCUGUGUGGACUGGAGCGAUCUGGCUGGGAAGGGGUACGUCAUCCUCAACAUGUCAGACAACGUUGACUGUGAUGACUUCCGUGUGGAGAGUGGAGACCGGCUCUUGGAGCUGCUAGAGACAGCCUUCUCUAGGAAGAUGAACAGUCCUCAGGGUUCCUGGCUCAUCUCUCUCUCUAAACCCACCAGACAGGACCACCAGCUGCUCAUCACGCUGGCCAGCGAGCACGGAGUUAUUGCCACCAAGGACAUGUUGUCAAUGUUAGGAGAAAUCAGGAGAGGUUUACACGAGAUCGGUAUCCAGAACUACAGCAGUGCUAACACCUGUCACUCCAGACCCAGUCAGAUGCGUAGCGACUACGGGAAGCUGUUUGUGGUCCUGGUGAUCAUAGGUUCUGUCUGUGUGGUCAUCAUCGCAUCUGGUCUCAUCUAUAUCUUCUGGCAGAGACGCCUGCCUAAGAUCAAGACUAUGACUCGAGGCGAGGAAUUCCAUUUUGUGGAGAACGGCUGCCAUGACAACCCUACCCUGGAUGUGACGAGUGACAGGGGGGGGCAGCCAGAGAUGCAGGAGAAGAAACACCGUCACGCCAACGGACUGACGGCUGGGUCGGGGGGGGAGGGAGGGAGCAGUGGCUGGCAGGUCCUGGUCAACAAACCUGGAGGGAAGGAAGAGGAUAAUAUGGAAGAGGAUACACACCUUUAGUAGAGAGAAGAAGAGUGGAAGAGGAUACACACCUUUUAGUAGAGAGAAGAAGAGUGGAAGAGGAUACACACCUUUUAGUAGAGAGAAGAAGAGUGGAAGAGGAUACACACCUUUUAGUAGAGAGAAGAAGAGUGGAAGAGGAUACACACCUUUUAGUAGAGAGAAGAAGAGUGGAAGAGGAUACACACCUUUUAGUAGAGAGAAGAAGAGUGGAAGAGGAUACACACCUUUUAGUAGAGAGAAGAAGAGUGGAAGAGGAUACACACCUUUUAGUAGAGAGAAGAAGAGUGGAAGAGGAUACACACCUUUUAGUAGAGAGAAGAAGAGUGGAAGAGGAUACACACCUUUAGUAGAGAGAAGAAGAGUGGAAGAGGAGAAGGAGGGUGGAAAAGGUAGCCUGGACCCAGAUCUGUUUGUGUGUCUUGCCAACUUCUAUGGUCACUGUCACAUUUGGCGUGGCAAGACAGCACAAACAGAUCUGGGAGUCGGACUAGGCUAGAAAGAGAACUCAUGUGAAUGCAUCGGCUGUCAAAUUAUACUGAGCAAAAAUAUAAACGCAACAUGUAAAGUGUUGGUCCCAUGUUUCAUGAGCUGAAAUAAAGAUCCCAGAAAUUUUCCAUACACACAAAAAAGCGUAUUUCUCUCAAAUUUUGUGCACAAAUUUGUUUAUAGUCCUGCUAGUGAGCAUUUCUCCUUUGACAAAGUAAUCCAUCCACCUGACAGGUGUGGCAUAUCAAAAAGCUGAUUAAACAGCAUGAUCAGUACACAGGUACAGCUUGUGCUGGGGA